AUGUUUGACAAGCAUCACCCGGCCAAACGAGCCGGUUCCCAAUGUUUUUAUCCGAUCGAAAUCGUCGAGACAUGCCGUGUUCUGAAAAUAUGCAAUGAAGAGGACGGCGUUGUGAGAUCGGAUUCAGAUUCAGAUUCAUCGUUAUCGUCUUCCGAGGAGCAAGACGUCGUACACGAGGAAGUGUUAGUGUUGGUUGUCAGCUCGUCGGUUUCAGAUGAGCACAACGAUGAGGACGAACAACGGCGGGAUGAUGGCGCCGAUGAGAUUGUCAUUUGGUGCUAG